UCUAUCGUGCGCGCGCGCGGCCGACUACUGUCAUCGGCUAGCAGCUUUAAUUUCAUUGCUUUAUUUAAAAAAAAGUAAGACAAAGAAAAUAGUUUUCGCGCGUGAAUUGCGAAGCCAGAAAAAAAUAAAAAAGUUUUUACUCUUCAAUAAGUUUUGAUUGAAAAAAUCGCUGGCUGGCUGGACUGUGCGUGAAAAAUAAAAUCAAAUUGGCGGGAAUGGCCAUAGUUUUUGAUUAUCUGUGAUCUUUAUAGUGCUAGUGUUGUUGCAACAAAAUCGAAGUAAAAUGUGUUGUGCAAUUUAGUUUAUUACCAGGAGCGCAGAUUUGAAAGGCGAUUGUGUGGGUCCAGGGAAUAGGGCUCAGCUAGUUAACUAGACACUAAGCUAGUGCUGACCUGUGGACUAGUUUACGAAUUGGAUUUGUCAUAAAACAAGAUGGUGCUGUCAGAUUGGUUCAAGGAGAUCGCGUAUAAGGCAGAGCUGGACCGCCAUGAUGACCCUGAAGGACAGGAGGUGGCCUACGCGCUUUGCGGGGAGAGGCCGGAGACCAUUGCCAGGAAUAUUGAGGACCUUAGGAACAUGAUCUAUGCAAGAGGAGAAUGCCAACCACCGCGCAUGGACGACGCGUUUCUGUUGCGAUUCCUGCGCGCGCGACGCUCUGUGCCCGCGCGGGCGCACAGGCUGCUGGUCCGCUACUGCACCUUCCGGGAACAGCAUCCGCACUUAUGGCGCGAGGUGGACUGGUUCAGCCUGACGCGGCUGGGCUGCGUCUUCGAGGGAGUGCUCUUUGACAGACCUGAUGUUGGCAGACUCAUCAUCUGCAGGCUAGGCCAAUGGGACCCCGACAAGGUCCCAGUAGACGACCUAAUUCGCGGCUGCUUACUACUGCUGGAAGUAGGCAUCAUGCAGCCGAAGCUGCAAGUGCUGGGAGGAACGGCGCUGAUUGACUGCGAGGGCAUCACCAUGAAACACUUCAGGCAACUCUCGCCCGCCAUCGCUCUGCAGGCCAUGAACGUUAUGGGAUUCGCGUUCCCGCUUCACCAGCGCGGGGUGCACGUCAUCAACUGUUCGCGCAUCUUCGAGACGCUGUUCCAUGUGUUCCGCCGAUUUGCGCCGGCUGAUGACCUGUGGAAACGCGUCCACUUCCACGGGUACGACUUGAGCUCGCUGCAGAGACACAUCGCCCCCGAAUGCCUGCCUAAGAGGUACGGAGGGCACCGAGACGAAGUAUCUCUGAAGCAGUGGCUGACGAAGAUCAGGAAGUACAAGAACAAGGAGUUCGACAGCGACAUGAGGAGCCUCGGAUAUUAUGCUGAUUAAAAUCUACUUCAGUAAACCGUGCUACUAAUAUCAUAAAUGACGAUAUGUAAAGUUUGUGUGGAUGACGAAACUAUAUGCGCCACUGGCGCAGUUUACACUAUGCGCGAAAUUGAUCGAACUGAAGCGCGAAACCGCGCAGAAGAAUGGGCGAUUCGAUCAAUUUCUCGCAUAGUGAAACUGCGUCGUAGCCCAAUCGGAAGGCUAACUGGCAAACAGCUCCACGAGACUAAUCUAACCUAGUGAGGAUGGAUGGAUGUUGAUUUCUUACACUUUCCGGAUUUCGAUGAAACGUUAAAGUAAUGUUUAAUUUAUACAUCAAAUUAACUAUAAAGCUCGAUUCACACAUAUCAGUGAAGCCACAGUUCCGUCACAGUGUCCGCUCAGUUCAGUUUCAGUGCUACAGUGUUGCGUCAGUAAAAUAUUUUGAAUAUUUUAAAAUGUCAGAGAGCUGUUUCAAUAUUCUUGUUCAGAAACUAUGAAGUAAGUUAUUUUGUUUUUGAUGCCGCGGCGGCGUCCGUGAUCCGACAAAAAAUAUCGUCGUCAACGAAUACGUCCUUGAUUGCCGGUGUCGGCACUGACAUUGAGAGCACUGUGUCGUCACUGACACUGAGAGCACUGUGUCGUCACUGACACUGACAAGUGGGGAUGCGUUCAUAGAAACUGUAUGAAAGAAUAUUUCGCACUGUGCCGGUACUGAGCCUGAACUGUGACUUCACUGAUAUGUGUGAAUUGGCCUUUAUGAG